AGCAUAAAACAGGAAGUUGACAGGUUUUAGUCGGUUUUGAGAAAAGCCCUGCUUCUUCAGAAUGACAGAAACAUUUUUACUUCACAUGCAGAUAGUUAGCAGCUUGAGGAGUUCAGAAAUGCGCUGGGGAUUUGUCUUUUGUUCAUGUCAAGAAAGCUGAGACCAAAAAAAAAAGAAAAAAUUAAUAAUAAUACAGGACAGUCUGCAGAACGCGAGCACGCGCGUCAUCCAGAACGCGCCCACGCCGAGGGCGUCAGGGAGGGCUUUACGUGCGCGCUCCCGUGUCCGUGCGUAAGGUGCUGCUGUAGGGAGGAAGAUGGCGGAUGUUUGGAGUGUGGAGCGCAGCAGCAGCCGUAGGAGCUGAUAAAGGGAAUCAACAAACGGCAGCGAUUAAAGGACGCAACAGGACGGGAAAAGGAGGACGCACACACUGGCAGCAUGUCUCGCUUCUCUGAUGGCGAGGACGGCUGCUUUGUUGCCAUGGACAUGGGGGACGCUGGUGCCGCUUCACUGCGGAGCCACGUUGAUGACCAGACCACAGCGACGGAGAUGACAGGCAGCUCAAACAGCGCAAAGCAUCCUGGGAAAAGCUCCCAGACAGCCAUGGGGGAGUUGCCGGAAGAGGUGCUGGAGUACAUCCUGUCCUUCCUCUCACCGUAUCAGGAGCACAAGACUGCCGCCCUGGUGUGCAAACAGUGGUAUCGCCUCAUCAAAGGUGUAGCGGAUCAGUGUUACCAUGGUUUCCUGAGGGCAGUUCAGGAAGGGAACAUUCAGUGGGAGAGUCGCACCUACCCAUAUCCUGGAACCCCCAUCACACAACGCUUCUCCCACAGUGCAUGUUACUACGAUUCAAACCAGUCGAUGUACGUGUUUGGUGGCUGCACACAAAGCAGCUGUAAUGCUGCAUUUAAUGACCUGUGGAGACUCGACCUGAACAGUAAGGAGUGGAUACGACCACUCGCUUCAGGCUCGUACCCGUCUCCUAAAGCUGGCGCCACGCUGGUGAUGUUUAAGGAUCUGCUGGUGCUGUUUGGAGGCUGGACCCGCCCCAGUCCGUACCCUCUGCACCAACCCGAGCGCUUCUUCGAUGAGAUACACACCUACUCUCCUUCCAAAAACUGGUGGAACUGCAUCGUGACGACUCAUGGUCCUCCACCCAUGGCUGGUCACUCCUCCUCUGUCAUUAAUAACAUGAUGGUGGUGUUCGGUGGCUCUCUCGGAGCUCGACAGAUGAGUAAUGAGGUGUGGGUUCUGGAUCUUGAGCAGUGGUCCUGGUCCAAACCUAUCAUCACGGGCUCGGCUCCUCACCCCCGCGGUGGUCAGAGUCAGGUUGUGGUAGACGGUGAGACGCUGCUCAUCCUGGGGGGCUGCGGCGGCCCGAACGCUUUGUUGAAAGACGCCUGGUUGUUGCACAUGGGCUCCCCCACCUGGUCAUGGCAGCAACUGCGAGUCGAGAACGAGGAACACGGAGCUCCUGAACUCUGGUGCCACCCAGCCUGCAAGGUGGGGGUGUGUGUGGUUGUUUUCUCACAGGCUCCAUCCGGCCGUGCCCCUUUGAGCCCGAGCCUGAAUUCCCGACCUUCUCCCAUCAGUGCCACGCCCCCUCCGCUCGGCCCAGACACUCCCCCUUUGCGAUCACAGUCUCCUGUGCGCUCUGGUGUUGUCCUUGGCAAUGUGGAGGAGGCUCCUUGCGUCAAUGGACGCUGGGGAACUCUCCGACCACGCCCAGCAACUAUUAGGGGCGGAGCCAGAGAUGGAAGUCCCUCGUCUUCGCAGCAGCCAUCUCCGUUACAGGCUCCAGACAGCCCACCUUUGCUUAAUGGCGCUUCCCCUUCCCCUCGUACUAGUCCCUCCCACCCACACAGUCAUGCCCACUUACCGACAGAUUAUGGAUGGGAGUCUCCGCCCUCUUCGGCAUCAACAUCAUCAGUGGCUCUGCCCUCUUUGGAUCAGCCGAACACAAAUGGCAUUCACACUCCGCCAGGUGCCGUUUCUCCUGCUGCGCUCCGCAGAGGCCUGGAAGCUGUUAAAUCCCUCGCAUCGUCAUCUCCUUCAUCCUCGUCUUCCUCUAACCCCGCCCCGAGCUCUAGCCCUGCCUCAUUAAGCCCACCGCAGGUUGAAGGACACUCGAUCCCUCCUAUUGCACGUCGCCUGGGCCACUCGGUUCCCCCACAGAGCCUGAACGUGGGGAAGCCGCUUUAUCAAGCGCUCAGCUGUAAACCCAUGCAGAUGUACGUGCUGGACAUUUCACGAGCCAAAAAAGAUGGUGUUGUGGCAUGGCGCGUCUUUGGCAGCGGUGCCGUCACUGGGCCUCCUGAAACGAGUCUGCAUACAGUGGUGCAGGGCAGAGGAGAGCUCAUCAUCUUCGGCGGGCUCAUGGACAAAAAGCAGAACGUCAAAUAUUACCCCAAAACCAAUGCCUUGUAUUUCGUACGUGCUAAAAGGUAAUGAGAGAGCGCAAGGACAGUGUGUGAGAUUUGGGAUGGUCAGAUUGUGGAUUUACCCACAUUCUGAUGUGGACACUAACAUAAUGAGACCUGCCUUGUCGGGAGAGACGAGAACGACUCCUGCGUCACAUUCCCAACACUAAUUCCUCAGCUCUCCUGAGAAAUCAAUUUUGACACAAUGAAGAACCAUUGAUGUGUGACUGCUUUUCCUGACCUUCUCUCUCCCUCUUUCUGUGUGUGUGAGAGAGAGAGUUUGAGAGAUUAAAAACUGAAGGAACUGUUCCUCCCUUUCCUGCAAGAGCGUCUCAUUGCAGAUGAACGGGCCAGAAAAUGGAGGAACGCUGCUGACUACCACGCUUUUAUAUUUCACUUCCUGCCUGCAUUGUUUACAUUUAAAAUAUGAGCGAAGUGUGUGUGUGUGUGUGUGUGUGUGUGUGUGUGUGUGUGUGUGUGUGUGUAAGAGAGAUGUUUUGGAAGGGACUGGGAGGGAAAGGGAGGGUCCUGUUGCAGUGUAACCCGAUACAAAAUCAAACAAUAAAGGCCUUCAAGUCUG